AUUGCCCCCACUGGUCGUUCAAACUUCAAAAACAAAUAUUAAAAACACACAUAAACCACAAAAUGACAAGAUUCCUACGUGGCACUUCCCUUUUAUAUAUAAAUAACAUGCAAAAACACCUUUCACUUCUCAUCACCUUUUCUUCUACUAUUUCCCCGGAAAACGAGUUCGACUCACUGAGUUAGACCAAAAACCAUGGGUAUAUGCAGCUCGUACGAGUCGACACAAGUAGCGACGGCGAAGCUGAUCUUACAAGACGGGAGGAUGAUGGAGUUCACGAGUCCGGUCAAAGUAGGUUACGUGCUACAGAAGAAUCCGAUGUGUUUCAUUUGUAACGCCGAUGAUAUGGACUUCGACAACGUCGUGUCCGCCAUUAGCGCCGACGAGGAGUUUCAGCUUGGUCAGCUUUACUUCGCUCUUCCUCUCAGCGCGCUUCACCAGUCUCUUAAAGCAGAGGAGAUGGCUGCAUUGGCUGUUAAAGCUAGCUCAGCUCUCAUGAGGAGUGGUGGCUCUUGUGGCCGAGAUAAAUGCAAGUGUCGUCGGAAAUGUGUACCUCCGGUGAUCUUUUCCGCACGGAGAGUCGCGGCGGUAGGAUCUAAUGGAGAGACGACGAGGAAUGGGAAAAGACGCGGUGGUGGUGGUAGCGGACGGAGGAAGUAUGCGGCGAGGUUGAGUAAGAUAGAAGAGUGAAGGGUAGUUUGGUAAUUUCUUAGUUAUUAUUUUAGGGUUAAGUAUUUAAGUAUGUGAAUAUGUAGUUAUUGUUAUUAUUGGAGGUUGUAAUGCAAAUUGCAUUUUGCAACGUGGGGGAAAAAAAUGUGAUUGUACUUUGGUUUUUUCUAUCAUAUCAUAUGAUUAGAGGAUU